UAAUCACUUAAUAUAAUUUAUUGUAUUUUUUGUGUUAUAUUUAGUCAGUUAACUGUUCAAAGAUAUUUUUUGUAAUAUAUCCUUUGUUGCUUUGUUUGUAUCCUUUUGUCUGACAUGUAGGUCUAAAUGGUGUUUCAAAUCCCUCUCCUCACUGCCCGAAAUAAAAGCUUUGAUUGACAUUAAGUUGUCCUAAAAGUAGUGAAAUAUUAACAUUUUCAGUCUAAAAAGGUUAAAAUUAGAUUAUAAUAUACGCGUAAAUUUUGGUUGUAGAGCGUUAUUUGCUAAAACUAGCAAAUAAAUAAAAAUACUGAAGACAUACAGUCGGUGUGUUCUAUUAUAGCUCACCCAAUGGUUCCUGAGACAUUUUCAUACUGUAAAUUGAUGUUGCACACUCGGUCCGUUAGGGGCGGUAAGUUAUGUAACAAAUCAAAAUGAACACACGAAUAAGAAAUGGCUGCGCAGAAAGCUGCGCAACUGUCGUUUUUUCAAUCAUGAAUGAUGGAGGCGAAUGUUUUGAUGGAGUCUAGGGACUAACUAGAUGAAUUUGUUGGCGUAACACCACACUACAGUCGCCGGUUUGUGGUUUAAAAAUAUACCCGCUGCAUCAACCGAUGUGCAAUAACAGUUCUGUGACGAAUUUAAUUUGACUAAGCAAGAAGUGGUCGGUUAGCUAAUAUCGUUUACUGCGGCGGCCUAGCUAGCAUUAGCUAGCGCUGUGAAGUUGGGACAGUCCUUUCAUUUCAUGAGCUCACUGUGAGGGCCUCUUUUAACCUGCUGUGCUUUCCAUGAUACUACAGCUCCACCUGGAAUUAUUUCAUUAUCACUGUGGCUAUAUUGAUCAAAGCUUAUCGUACCUUUAGUGGAAGCCAGAUCCUCGGAAAGCCAGAGUGAGUACGGCUUCUUGAGAACAAAUCAAGGGGAAGUGGUUAUCCAUGUCCACGAGCUACUGCGGAUUAAUAAUCUUUAAUAACAUCAGCAAACAUGUCUUUAGUCGCCUAUGGCAGCAGUGAUGAUAGUGACUCCGAGGAAACCUCCACUUCUGCCGCACCGGAGAGCAAAGUCAGCGCAGGAGGGCUCUUCUCUCUCCUGCCUGCUCCUAAAAAGCCAGGAUCUGCAGGUGGAAACGAUGGACCAAGAAAGGAGACAAAAGCAAACCCUUCAGCUGGGGACAGCACGUCAAACGAUGACCUACAUCCUCCACCAUCUAAAGGAGGCUUCCUUUCUAGUCUGCCUAAGCCGAGGAAGCGAACAGAGCCUGUCAAGAUCACUGUGCCAGAGAUCCAGAGACACGAUUCAGACUCUGAUGAUGAUGAACCAGCAAAAAAGAAACUACAACCUCAGGGUGCAGGCUCAGGCCUGGCUGCCCUUCUGCCACAACCCAAAAACCUGACAGUGAAAGAGACUGACAGAGCCCUGAUUCCUCAUGCACUCACCAAAAGGCAAGAACCCAAAGGACCCAAGCCUGGAACGCCUGCUCAGGGUCUGCUUGGUUCUAGUGCGUCACCCUCUGCUAUCAAAGCUGCAGCAAAGUCAGCCGCCCUGCAGUUGGCUAGACAAAUAGCCGCUGAUGACCAGGAUAACGAGGAUGACAUAACCCCACAGAACUACUUCUCCCUAGGUGAAAGCUCCCAGCCCCUCCCUGCAGUCAUCCCAAGCUUAGAUCCUGAGCCAGGAGCCCCUGCAGAGCCACCUCCUAUUGCAGCUGCUGAUGAGCCUGGUCAGUCAGAUGCCCCUCUUGACUUUGGGGGGAACCACGAGGGAGCUGGUGCAUGGGGAGGUCAAUAUUCUCAAUAUCAGCAGCCCAUGACAGGCCCAGAAGCUUUCCCUCAGGAAUACUAUAAUGAGUCAUAUUACCAAGAUCCUAACCCCGGAUUGUCGGAGGAGGCUGAAGAGCCUGGCCACUCUGCCAUGUUUGAUGAUGAAGCGUUCAUGCGGCUGCAGGGGAAAAGAAACAGAGGCAAAGAGGAGGUGAAGUUUCUGGAAAUCAAGGGAGAUGACCAGCUCAGUGGCAACCAGCAGUGGAUGACCAAGAGCAUGACAGAAGAGAAACAGACCCGCCAGUCCUUCAGCAAGAAAAAAGGAGAACAACCUACAGGACAACAGCGGCGCAAGCACCAGAUAACAUAUCUCAUUCACCAGGCAAAGGAACGUGAGCUGGAGCUGAAGAACAGCUGGGCAGAUAACAAGCUAUCACGCCGGCAGACCCAGGCCAAAUACGGUUUCUAAAUGUCACGCUGCGGACUCUUGGUGACAUGUGAAAACCCUGCAUCAGAAAGUAGAGUAGAGCUUUCCAGAUUUCCCAAACAAACGGAAGGUUGUGUUUGGGGAAGAACAGUAUAGAUACCUUAAUACAGAUUUUUCCUCUUUUCCUCCAUCCUGCAUUUGUGUUGAACUGUUAAUAUUCAAUAGUUGUUUUGGUCAACUGUUUGAUAAGGUGUUACUUCCACAUUGAAAAUCCAGUUACAGCCAUUAAACUCUCCUUUGACUGUA